AGCAAUCGGCGAGAAAUUCAUCGCUCAUUUUGUUGAGCAAAUCAGUUCUCACAUGUUUCAUUGUUAAAAAGGUUCUCUUCGUAGUAGCUGUUGAAAUGAGAAGCAUCAACACUAGAUAAAUCAAUCGACUAAUCAAUUUACAUUGUGUGUCCAUCCCUGCACGGCUGCACACCAGCUGCCUUAGUAAAUUUGUAAGGGAACAAACCUCAUAUUUCUUUUAGUCUUUUACGUUUUUAACUUUUUAGAAUUUUAGGUUUCAUUGUUUUUUUUAAGACGCAUAUUCUUUGAGGCUAAAUUUAGAAUAGUGAUUUGAAUAUGUUCAACUUGAUAAUUUUUCUAGUUAAACCCAAUCUUAUCAUAGAAUAACACUGAAUUGAAUGUCUAAAAUCAAAAAUUUCAUAAGGACUAUAUUAACUACGGAUCCAGAGGAGGGCUGGGCCGGGGCCUGGGGUGGCCACCCCCUGGAUCCGCCAGUGAAGCCCAUGAGUCUGCUUUCUUUUGAGGGACAUGUAAGAUUCAACAUAACAUUCUCCCAACAACUCGAGUUAUUGAAAUCAACUAGCUCAUGACAAAAUAAAUACGCAGAGAAUUUGAUGGGAUGCAAAACAAAUUACAUUUGGCGGGAAAUUGGGAUGCGAGAGGGACCGAGGCCGGCCGCCUUUCGAUUUCGCAGAAAUCCUGCUACGUUUCCCCCUAAAUAAGCUGCUGCUGCUGCCGCUGCCGCUGCUGCAUGCUGUUGAAUACAGAAUCGUUGACCCAUAAAAUUAAAACCAUCAUCAUCGAAAUCUACUCGUAUCCAGCUGUUUAAGUUUCGAAAAAAUAUUGACCAACCAAACAGUAAAACACAGACUUUUUUUUCUCCUUCUAUUUACUUUGAUCCGUUAGCCGAAACAGAAAUUACUAAUGGGAAUGGAAAAAAAGAGGCCCCCAACCACAAGUACACGUGGCGGCUCUUGGUUCCAUGGGAGGAGAAGAAACGAUGGCUCCCGGUCCUCACCCAGCUCACCACGUGUCCACCGUAGUACACGUGGCGGAGACCCAGUGAAUCUCCGAAUCCUUCGUCUCCUUUUCCUAUCCCCUUUUUCUUUUGGUAUGAAUUUUCGAUACACCCCCUCUGUGCCAUCAGCAGCACGUUCUCAAAUUCACAGAAUUUCAUAAAAAGGGCAACACACUCAAUUCCACGCACGCAGACAGAAAUCAAGAAACCCAAAAACAGAAAAGAGAUUUUAGAGAGAGAGAGAGAGAGAGAGGAACCGCCCUUUCCUUCCUUCCUUGUUGGGCAUUUUUUGUGUCUAUGUAAUGCAUAAUGAUAUUCUGAGGAACAUAAACAAUACCACCCACCAAGGCCAGAGCAAUAAUUCUCUACUUGUUUUCAAUUCGCUUCUUCAUUCGUCUCCUCCCUCUGCUUCAAACUUAGCGGACACUGGGAGUUUACGGGGCAAAAGAAAGAAAGAAAGAAAGAAAGCAGGAGCAGGUAAUUUGAUUAUCUUCGCUUCUUGAGUUGUAUGAUAAUUUCACUCCAUUUCUUGGAUUGAUAAUUCUGACGGUGAUUCCGUCCGUCGUAAAAUUCUGUUUUAAUAUUGGUUUGCGUGUAUUUGUUCUUCUGGAACGCCGAGGAGUCCUUCGUCAGCCCGGUUUCUUUGGGUUGUUCCGAUUUAUAUAACAAAUAUUAUUAUGUAUUUUGAUAAUUAUUGAUUUCCUUUUCGUAUUCGGGAAUUAAAUUUUUUUUUUCCACUGAUGGGGAUAAAUAACGACUCUGUUUUCCUGAUAAUGACUCUGUUUUCCUUUUCGCCCCCUCCCUAUUCUCGUUCUUGUUGUUUACAGCGACGAGCGAUCGAGAAUUCAAUCGACAAUACGGUCGCCAUGAGGAGAACACACUCGACGAAGCUCUGCUGUAGCCAUUGCGGUUGCUGCUGCUGAAAAUCGAGGCAGGGAAGAAGAAGAAGAAGAAGAAGAAGAAGAAGAAGAAUGGAGUUUGCUUACCAGCCAUACAUUGAUCCCGAUUUCGAAUCACUCAUCGAAAGAAUCUACCCUCCCAGGGUUUGCAUCGACAACGACACAUACCCAGAUUGCACGCUUGUUAAGGUUGAUAGUGCAAACAAGCAUGGGAUUCUGCUGGAGCUGGUUCAAGUUUUGACAGAUCUCGACCUUGUCAUCUCCAAGUCGUACAUUUCUUCCGACGGCGGAUGGUUCAUGGACGUCUUCCACGUGACCGAUCAGCUUGGGAAUAAACUCACCGACGAAACCCUCAUUCUCUACAUACAACAGGCGAUUUGUGCUAGUAGGAGGGUCCCGAACCAAACCGGUUCGACCAUCAAGGGGCAGGUCCGACCCAGCCACGUCUCCUCCACCGACCACACCGCCCUCGAAAUCACCGGCAUCGACCGCCCGGGCCUGCUGUCCGAGAUCUCGGCCGUGCUCGCCCAGCUGGAGUGCCACGUCACUGCGGCCGUGGCCUGGACCCACAGCGGGCGGGCCGCCGUGAUCAUCUACGUGGAGGAGAGCCGCGGCGGGCCCAUCGUGGACUCGGGGAGGCUGGCCCACGUCCAGGAGCAGCUGGACACGGUGGUGGAGGCCCACCACGGGACCGGGGAGAGGAGGAGCGUCAGGCUCACGGACCCCAAGCUGGGCCGGACCCACACCGAGAGGCGGCUCCACCAGCUGCUCUAUGCCGACCUGGACUACACGCGCUGCCAGGGCUGCAACGACGCGGGAGGAGAUUCGGGGUCCGUUCAUCGCCAGGACUGUGCCAAGAUCCACGUCACCAUCGAGCCGUGCGAGGAGAAAGGCUACUCCAUCGUCAAUUUGAGGAGCGCCGAUCGGCCCAAGCUGUUGUUCGACACGGUUUGUGCCCUGACGGACAUGGAGUACGUCGUGUUCCACGCCGCGGUCAGCUCCCUAGGAACGUUGGCCGAUCAGGAGUAUUUCAUAAGGCAGAAGGACGGGUGCACGUUGGAGAAGGAGAGCGAGAGGCAUAAGCUGAGCCAAUGCUUGAUCGCUGCAAUUGAACGGAGAGAUUGCGAUGGAUUGAGGCUGGACGUAUGCACGAUGAACAGAAUGGGGCUGCUGUCGGAUGUGACGAGGGCGUUCAGGGAGAACGGGCUGUCGAUAUCGAGAGCGGAGGUCGGGAGGCAUGGGGAGAUGGCCAUCGGGUCGUUCUACGUGACCGAGGCUUCCUCGGGAGGGAGCUACGUGAGCCCGGAGACGGUGGAGCAGGUGAGGAAAGAGCUCGGGGAGUCGAUCGUCGUCGUCGACAAGUUACCUUGCUGGAAUGGUGAGUUGAAGCCAACUGCAGCAUCAAAGUCCUCAACCCGUCGUCAUGAUGGCAGUGCUGGUGAUGAGAAGCCGCGCUUCUCUUUGGGGACCUUGUUUUGGGCACACUUGGGUUGGCUUUCCAGUAACUUUGGGUCGUCCAUUCGGUCAUGAGGAAAGGAUGUUUCAGGCUAUCGCUGAAGUCGUGUUCUGUAAAUAUUCAGCAAAUAGUUCUUUCUUGUUCCUUCUCUUGUUUUGUAUAUAAAGCAAGUGCUAGUUUUCCAUUUCCUCAGUGCUGCUCAUGAAUGAUGCAUGAUACCGAUAGAGAGAGACCCGCCGCCGUUUCGCCCAGUUGAAUCCAUAUCCUCGACAAAUUGAUCUUCGAUACAGUUUCACAAUCAUCAGAGGGAGGUUUUAUUGACACGCAGAAGUAGGAAAACUAGCAACAAAAGAGAGGAAAACGCAGAGGAAAUAUGGGAUUGGCUCCAAAGUGAGGAAUUUUCGGCUACAUGGCAAGCAACUGAAAUGAUAUGACUGAGAAAAUGAAAUGGAAAACAAUUA